AUGGUUGAGUUAGGUGGCAAGCUCACUGGAGGUUAUAUGACCAGACUAUGUAGGGAGGUAGGCUAUGCAGGGCAAUUGCGAGGACUGCGGGGAAACCCCCACAGCAUUGGAACUGUUUUGCAGUGUCGUGGGAGAAUCCAAAGUGAGGAUUCGCUGGUGGUCACCCACCCAACUACUAACUCACCGGCGUGUGGCUUAAGUACGGCUGAGCGGACGGGAAGCCCUGUUUUCCACACCCUAUGGUCGUAUGUGCCUGUGGUUACAAGAGCAAGGAAUAUAUUCACCAAUCUGAACAAGUUUGGAGGCGAUGGAGUGAUUAGUCGAUCAUAUAAGAAGAAUUUACACUUGAAAUAA